GUCUUUAAAUGAGUGUCGACCGCAAAGAUGGCAACAAUACGUUUCGGUCUCAUUCUCGUUGCUGUUGUUUUCAGUGAUGUUGGAUGUAUUCCGCCGCCGGUGCCAGAAGGCUUGGAGUGGGACCCCGUCAGCGUUGUGAUUCCACUCAAUUCGACAGACAAUUAUUCCUCCCUACAACGGCUGUUGCGUGCCUCUUACAAGACCCGGUACGUGAGCAAGAAUGCCAUUAACCAUAACGACCCUGGGGGCUACAGGAUCAGGGUGGACGCCACAACCUAUGUCAGCGACCAUGCCUUAGAUACAGGGGCUGAAAUAAUCCACCGUAUGACGAGUCACAUGUCGAGUACCACAUUCAACCGCCUUGCCUCCCAUGCUACUGUCGGUAUUUUCACAUCCUGGGAGCAUAUAACUAUCUUCCCCGAGUAUUACAGCGUCGCCAACCCGGCCGGAUGCUGUGAACAAGACCAUACGUGUUGUGCCGGGCAGUGUAGGACGUCCUGUACGUUUGACGGCCGGAAGUACUUCAAACUGGCGGGAGCCGGCGGCCAGCGGACCGGGAUCCUUGAUGACAACAUUUUGUGUAACAGCGCGGACCCUUACCACGGCAAAGCCAAUAUUCUCGUCCACGAGUUUGCUCACACGGUUAAACUCCACGGACUGGAUGGAUGGAUGCACACAAGAAUAACAAACGCGUUUAACGCCGCUAAGGGAAACCACGCCUGGGCUCCAAGA